AUGGUUGCUCAAAAGGUGAUCCUUGUGUUUUCUCUCUGUCUUCUGGUAUUGACAGUUUGGGCUGAUGAAAGUAAAGAGACAGUAGAUACCGAAGAUCUUAAAGCCAAAGCUACAGGCUAUGGUGGAUAUGGAGGCGGUGGAAUCGGUUUGGGCGGAUAUGGAGGAGAUGGAUUCGGUUUAGGCGGAUAUGGAGGAGGUGGAUUCGGUUUAGGCGGAUAUGGUGGAGGAAUUGGGAAUGGGUAUGGUGGAGGUUUCGGAGGUGGGUAUGGUGGUGGAGUAGUAACACUUCUUGCUAUUCCAAUUAGUGUCGUUCGCGUUCGUUUAUUAGGAAUUGGUGGUUAUGGUGGAUUAGGUGGACUCGUUGGUUAUGGUGGAUUUGGUGGACUUAGUGAUUAUGGUGGAUUAGGUAGUCUCGGUGGUUAUGGUGGUUAUAGAGGAUUAGGUGGAGUCGGUGGUUAUGGUAGAUUUGGGGGACUUGGUGGUUAUGAUGGAUUAGGUAGUCUCGGUGGUUAUGGUGGAUUAGGUGGAGUCGGUGGUUAUGGUGGAUUAGGUAGAGUCGGUGGUUAUAGAAGAUUAGGUGGAGUCAGUGGUUAUGGUGGAUUUGGUGGACUUGGUGGUUAUAGAGGAUUUGGAGGACUCGGUGGUUUUAGAGGAUUUGGAGGACUCGGUGGUUAUGGUGGACAUGGCGGUUACAUUGGUAGAAGAUACUACAAGGGAUGGUGA